AUGGUUGUGGAUCAUUUAGUCCCCUUAUUGAAAGAUAUCUUCGGUGAUUCGAAAAUAUUACAAGAUGUGAGAUUAGCAAGAACAAAAUGUAGCGAGGUUGUAAACAACGUUGUUAGCAAGCAUGAAACCAAUGUUUUAGUUAAAAAUUUGAAAAAUAACAAUUUUUCAGUAUUAGUUGAUGAGAGCACUGAUAUAUCAAAUCACAAAAACCUUUGUGUUUUAGUGAAAUAUUGUGAUAACGAUGACAAUAAGACUAAAACUAAUUUAUUAGAGUUAGUACCUUUAGAUGCUAAAGACUGCAGUGCAGAGAAUCUGUACAAUGCUUUUAAAGACUGUUUAUAUAAGCACAAUAUUCCAUUAACAAAUAUCAUAGGUAUAGCUUGUGAUGGAGCAAAUGUGAUGACUGGUCACACUAAUUCGUUUUUCAGUCGUCUUCAAGAUGACAUUCCACAUGUAGUAUUAAUGAAAUGUGUAUGUCAUUCUGCCGCCUUGGUGGCUAGUAAAGCUUGCGAAAAGUUACCACGAGGACCAGAAGAUCUAAUUAGGAAUAUAGGGUCUUAUAUUACUGGAAGUGCCAAGCGUUGUGCAAUAUUAGUAGAGUUCCAGACAUAUUUUCACCAAGAACAAAAAAAAAUCUUGAAGCUUGCAACCACUAGGUGGUUGAGUAGACACCAAUGUGUGGUGAGAAUCUUAGACAAUUGGACAUCUUUAGAACAUUUUUUUGUUACAGCAGCUGCUGAAGAUAAAUUAAGAUGUGCGGAAACUAUUCUCAAAGAUAUGAGAGAUGUGUACACCAAAGCAUAUCUUUAUUUUUUAAAAUAUGCUUUAAAUUUUUUAAAUGCAUUCAAUGCCCUUUUUCAAUCUAACGCUAUAAUUAUACAUCAACUCCAGGACAAUUGCAAUAGGUUGCUCUUGCAAUUGUGUAGUAACUACCUAAAAACAGAAGUGUGUUAUUGCAAAGAUUUGAGCGCCAUUAAUUUAGCGCAUCCAGAGUAUUUUGUAGAAUUGAAAAAUAUAAAAUUAGGUGCUGCAUGUGAGAGCUAUUUGCAAUCAGCACCACUGGCAGUCCAAGAAACAGUGAGGAAAUAUUGUUUAUCAUUUUAUGUUACUGCUGGAUCAGAAAUUCAACAGAGAUUACCUAUAUCCAACUCUAUAUUUAAAUCCAUGAAGUUUAUGGACCCUGAAAUAAUUUUUUCCCCAACAAGGCAUUCAGAAAUACAGCUCACUCCCUUAGUAAAUCAGUUUAAAAGUCUAAUUGAUGAAACACAAUUGUCUGUCGAAUGGCAAAAUCUACCAUCAUCUUUUAAUGAACAGGAAAGAAAAGACUUGAAAGUUAUGCCACUUGACAAAAUGUGGCUGGAAAUAGCAAAUGCUAAGAACUUUGACAAUAUCUUGAUGUUUCCAAAUAUAGGCAAAUUAGCUAAAGUAAUUCUCACAUUACCCCAUUCGAAUGCAGAAGCUGAGAGGAUAUUCUCUCUAGUGACAGACAUUAAGAGCAAGAAAAGAAAUAGAAUGGGUGAAAUUACUUUAAAUGCAAUGUGUGUCAUACGUAGUGCACUGCAUCAGAGCAAUAAAACUUGUGUUAAUUAUGCAAUAGUCAAUGAUAUGUUGAAACUGUAUAGCAAUUUUUACUCAUUUAAAGAGUGA